AUGUCCAUCAGCGUAUUAGGUGUUUCUGCUUGGAUGAGAGACUACCUGAAUAAUGUUCUCACUUUAACUGCAGAAACAAGGGUGGAGGAGGCUGUCAUUUUGACUUAUUUUCCUGUGGUCCACCCGGUCAUGAUUGCAGUCUGCUGUUUCCUCAUCAUAGUUGGAAUGCUGGGCUACUGUGGAACAGUGAAAAGAAAUCUGUUGCUCCUUGUCUGGUACUUUGGAAGCUUGCUUGUAAUAUUCUGUGUUGAACUGGCCUGUGGUGUUUGGACCUAUGAGCAGGAAAUAACGGUUCCAGUGCAGUGGUCCGAUAUGAUCACGCUGAAAGCUAGGAUGACCAAUUAUGGCCUACCUAGGUACCAGUGGCUGACCCACGCUUGGAAUUUCUUCCAGAGGGAGUUUAAAUGUUGUGGGGUGGUGUACUUCACAGACUGGCUGGAAAUGACAGAGAUGGACUGGCCACCUGACUCCUGUUGUGUCCGAGAGUUCCCAGGAUGCUCUAAGCAGGCACAUCAUGAGGAUCUCAGUGACCUUUAUCAGGAGGGAUGUGGUAAAAAAAUGUACACUUUUUUGAGGGGGACGAAGCAAUUGCAAGUGCUGAGAUUUCUAGGAAUCUCCAUUGGAGUAACGCAGAUCCUGGCGAUGAUCCUCACUAUUACUUUGCUGUGGGCUCUGUACUAUGACAGAAGGGAUCCCAGGGCGGAUCAGAUCAUGGCCCUGAAGAGCGAUACCUCGCAGCAGCUGUCAUGUCAUUCCGUGGAGCUACUGAAACCCAGCCUGGCAAGGAUCUUUGAACAUACAUCCAUGGCAAACAGCUUUAAUACACACUUUGAAAUGGAAGAGCUAUAGGUGAUGCAACGAAUCUGAGAAGUCACAAAGGGGUUUAACUGGGUUUUUUGCUUGUUUUUAUUCUGUUCCAUCAAGUAUGCCAAAUAUACCAGUCUUGUACACGUCAGAAAACAGCUAAAGAAUGGAAGUGAAGGAGGCCAGCACAGAAAGAAGGAUAAGCCUGUCAGCCUCUUGGCCACGGCCUCAGCCAUGAAACAGAGUUGAUUUUGUUUGUUUUUUUAAAAGGCACUCAUUCACUGGGCACAGUAAUAUUUAACUUAUUGUCACAAGCUGUGUAAUGUGUAAAAUACUGAUUCAUCCACAGGUAGGCAGACAGAACCUCUAAGGAAGCAUCAUGGGAAAGGAAGAGAAAUACUCAUCUUCUCAAGAAAUGACUGUGCUUUGGACAAACUAAAUGUGACUUCAGUUAAAAUUGACUUUUACAUUUUUAAUAAGCCAUUUGGAAAAUGUCUUAAUCAGGGAUCUGUGUAUAUAGAAUUGUGUGUUUUUGUGCGUGCAUGGAAAGCAGAACUACAAUUCAAGUCAAUACUUGGAUUUAAAAAUUUGCAAGAUUUAUAAAAAGGGCGAGAUUUUCUCUUUUCUAACAAAACUUUUAUGUUAGCUGUUGUUAAAGAUGUUUUAAAACUUCUAUUUUUAUCUAACAACUGUUUAAUUUUUAAUUUUAAAUAUAUUAAACAGGGAUUGAAAACAAAACUAUGGACAAUAGAAUUUAAUUUUCUGAGUAAUUCUGGAGAAUUCUUCUUUGAAACAGUUUGUUCUAUGGACUAUUUCUUAGUUGAAAAGAAAGAAAACCUGAAACAUUUUUUCCAAAAUGGGAAUCAAUAUGGGAGUAGCACAUUUCUGUAGAUAAAUUUUUUCUCCUGUCUGUGAUUCCCCUGAAGGCAGAAACAAAACACUACAAGGAAAAUGCUUACAGUUCCGGAUGCUAUUGCAAUAAUUGUAAAAGUACAUAAGGAGAAAUUAUACUUUGGCGGCUUCUUCAUUAAGAGCUCUCUAGUGGCUUAAAAUGCCAACUGGAAACAGCGUUAAAAUGUAUUUAUUGAGGUGGGGAAAGUGCAUUUUACUGUAUUUUUAUGAACAAUGUUUAUUUCAUAGGAUUAUUUUUACAAUUGGCCACGCUCCUGAAAUAUGUAUUUGUUCCACUGAGUACAGUAGUUUGUGGCAAAUGGGUUUUUACAUAAUACUACAUUUUUAAAAUUCUUUCAUUUGUUUUGGAAUUUGUAAAAGAAAAGAAAAAAAAAAAAGGUGUGAUUUGGUAGACAAUAAAAUUACUUUUGUCUUAAAUUCCA